CAAGUAUCCUUCCCAGUAUCAGGCUACAACCGGUACAUUUAAUCAUUGAGGACAACAUCUUUUCCUCACGACGCGAGCACCACUCCACCUUCGUUUGAGCAUCCGUCGGAGUUCGACUGUCUGUUGCACUGUGUCGUCUUUCCGCGACUGCAGCCAGUUUCAACCGCAUGGAGGAUUGUUCCCGUCUCUCCCUGAUUUGUGGCAAUUGCCAGUCAUAUUAGCCAAACAUGCGUCCCCUCCGCUUCUUACUGUUACUCCUCUUCUUCGUCGCUGUACCUGUAGCACUGACCAUUUCGUCAUUGCUGGCCAUCAACGCUGGCGACACCUUUCAGCCCGGCUUCAACACCAAAUCUGGCCGCCUAAGGGCUUUCUUCUCCUUCUCGACGCCCUCCUCCCUAUUUCCGCCCUCUGCGGUUAUCAGCCUAACCAACGACAACUCGACCUUCUUCCUAGCUAGGCCCGCUGCUUUCGGUCCCACCCUUCCAUCCAAGGGUCUGAGUGGUCAAUUGUGGGUGGGAAAAGGUUUCGGAGACGAUGCUCUGCUGAAAGAGGAGAAUAUCGAAGUGGCAGGAUGGGAACUGGGUUGCUCCGAUGUGCCAGGCUGGGCUGAAGAGAAGGCUAAGAGCAUCAAGAAUCUUCCCGCGGUCGGCCAAAGUCAGGCAAAGACCAAGGUACCGCGAAGUAUAGACAACGAUGGAUCAGGCCGUGACGAUCCCGAAUCUCAUUCCGAUGACAAUCUCCUUCAAGACGACGGCACCGACGACUAUUUACACCAUCCUCUACCUGAUUCGAACCCUGCAACCUCCGGUGAACCGGGCGAGCCUGCCAAUGCUGAUCUCUCAGACAAGAAGCAGGCCACCCAUGCCGACAUCGAAUCACUGCAAGAGAGUGCCGAUAUUGCUGGCAAGAUUGUCAUGCUGAGCCGUGGCGGCUGCGGGUUCUUGGAGAAAGUCAAAUGGGCUCAACGUCGUGGGGGAAUUGCCCUGAUUGUCGGCGACAAUGAGAAGGGGGCGCAGUUGACAAUCAUGUACGCGAAGGGUGAUACAUCGAAUAUAACAAUCCCUGCAUUGUUCACUUCAUACACGUCAGCGCACCUCUUGUCUUCGCUGGUACCUCAAGAAGAUGGCGACGAAGAAGAUGCCGGCUCCAAGGCACAUGACAAGGCGACGACAGUUAAUUCUGGUACGGACCAGAAGCAGCACGCGAACCAACCCAUCUUUACGUCCACCAAACCCGGACCUACGAGACCGACAUCUCUAUCGGCAGCUGGGUCUGAGGAGGCACAGGAUGAGAGCUGGGUGAAGAACGUUUUGUCGGUAGUGGGACUGGGAGACAACUCUCCAUUCUCUCAUGCCGAGGACAGCCGCCGUCCGCCCAGCAGUGGCAAUAUCGAUUGGGUCCUCCUGGAAGAUUGGAAGGAGGAGGCUCGCCCAGAUCUGAAGGAUAGCAAGAACACAUUGACUAGUGUCGCCUCGGUGGCCACCUCCACGCUCAAGGCAAAGUCAACGAGUUCCAAACGGAUUGGAGGGGACGACUUUGUGAUAGGAGUCCAAGACUGGCGAGAUACUGAUCUCGUAGCACCGAAAUCCACCACCACCUCACAAAAUCCUCCUGAGGAGGCUGGCAAGGCCCUGCCCACGGACACAGUGAGCUCCCCAAAAGCUUCCAGCAGUCCAGAUGCAACUCUGAAAGGCGGUAGCAUCACUCCCGGCAGUGGAGAAUACGAUCAUGAAAAGUCAGAGCAUCUGAAUCGUUUCCAGCGAGGCAAUGUACCGUCGAAUCGGGCACCUAGCGGUUCUGACACUCGUCAGGGUCAAGAAAAGGGUUCUUGGUUUCAAAUUUUCCGCUCUGGACAGGGAAUGAAAGAAGCCUUGCAGGAGAACGUACUUCUGAAUGAAAAGGACAACCAGGGAAAAGAAAAGAGCUCGAAAUCACCUUGCCCGGACGAUGAGCAUGAUCAUCCUGGUCUAUGGGUAACCCUCACGCCCACAAGUGUUUCUGCCAGUCCAUUCAUCGACACACUUCUGGUCCUAGUUGUCAGCCCACUGGUCACAUUGACAGUGGUCUACGCUCUUCUGCUUCUCCGCUCACGGAUUCGACGUCGAAGAUGGCGUGCACCAAAAUCCCUGGUCGACCGACUACCGGUUCGCACUUAUCAUACCAUGAGCACGGCAUCGUCCACUACUUCUUCACGGGUGGAAUCUCCGGAUGCAGCCUCACCCACUUCGCCACUGCUCAUCUCCGUGAGCCACAAUGUGUCCCAGCGACCUCGUCCGCGCUCACAGACCACCACAGGCAUCUUUUCUGGUGGAAGCGUAGAGAGCCAACUUUCGCAUUCCCGAAGCCCGCACACAGAAAAGCACACUUCCAAGCCGGCGAAACGGAAACGCUAUACGGGUCGACAGGUCGAAUGUGUGGUGUGUCUUGAAGAGUACGUCGACGGCGAAAGUCAAGUCAUGUCCCUACCAUGUGGUCAUGAAUUUCACGUCGAUUGUAUCACGCCUUGGCUUGUUACCAGGAGAAGGACUUGUCCGAUAUGCAAGGGAGAUGUUGUGAGGAGUAUGGCGAGACAGGGAAUGCAGCGAUAUGACGAGGAGGACGAGGAUGAUGAUAUUGGCGAUAGUCUUGAAUUCGGCCGGAGGGAAGGUGAAAGGACCAGUGACGACUUCCAAAACCGUGUGGCUCAGACUGUAAACCAGGAGCCCAGUGCAGCGAUUCCGAUCCCUUCCUUGAGUAGGGAAGACGAGGAUGUCGAACGAGGGCAGGACCCAGAUGUACCGUUCUUGGGGGGUUCAGACUCAGUGAGCUCGGAAUCAACCAUUACGCCGCAGAGACUGCGCCAAGAUCAUGGAAGAGGCACGGAGAGACGCCGGGACCGAGAAGGACAAUCCAUGUGGAGGAAUAUGGUCUCUGCAAGCGUUGGUCGACUCAGUGGAGAUACACUCUGGAGACAGACGCCCGUAGACCGAAGUCGGUGAGCUGGUUCUCGGUCGCCUGGUGGCGGUCUGCCUUGACAGGAUAUGUACGGGGCAUUGUUCCAAGAAGGGCGUAUGAAGUUUCUCUCGUGUCUCUACAACUCAAUAAUUCGCGAAGGGUGGACACGGCUCGCAUCGGGACACGAACACUGCAAUCAUGAUACCAGAUUCGACAUCGUGUCCUCAGCCCAGUGGUGUGAGCCUGAGCUUGGGUACGGGGCCCGUGGGGUGUCACUUUUAUAUUCAUUAUCGCAAAGGGGACCAUGACAACGGCUGGAGUCGAGGACUGUAACGAACACGGUGCAACAGGAGCGUCUGUAGCUGUAUUUUUCUUAUCCUGCAGGAGAGAAUACUGCAAUACUAGUUCUUUCUACGAAGCCAAC